GCGGGAGCCGGGCGUCGUUCCUCGCCUGCCAGCCAGCAUUGCUAUGGCAACGCAGCUGCCCCGGCUAUGUCGCUGCAACCCGCCCCUCCGUCGCGGGUGUUCAUGGAACUGGUUCCCUGGGCUAACCUGGGCCGGGAAAACAACCCGAUCCCGACCUUGGAGACGCAGCCCGUCGGCAGCCGUUCCCACGCUGCGAAGGCCCACCCCGGAGCCCGCGAGGUCCACGUGAGCGGCGCGGCCGAGGUGUCCGCCAGCCCGGACCGGGCGCAGGUGAUCGUGCGGGUGAGCAGCACGAAGGAGGCAGCCGCCGAGGCCAAGAAGAGUGUGUCCCGCCGCCUGGACUACAUCACGCAAAGCCUCCAGCAGCAGGGUCUGCAGACAGAAAAUGUAACAGUGACAAAGGAUAUUCGAAGAGUAGAAAAUGCAUAUCACAUGGAAGCCGAGGUCUGCAUUACAUUUACUGAAUUUGGAAAAAUGCAAAAUAUUUGUAAUUUUCUGGUUGAAAAACUAGAUAGCUCUGUUGUCAUCAGCCCGCCUGAGUUCUAUCACACUCAGGGUUCUAUUGAAAAUCUUCGGCGGCAAGCUUGUCUUGUUGCUGUUGAGAAUGCAUGGCGCAAAGCUCAAGAAGUCUGUGACCUCGUUGGCCAAACUCUGGGAAAACCUUUACUAAUCAAAGAAGAAGAAACAAAAGAAUUGGAAGGCCAAUUUGAUGAUCAACAGAUCCCUGAGCCUUGGAGAGAGAGAGUUUGAUGAUGACCUCCAUUUAAGGCUGAGUGCCCCGGAGACUUUCUGCACAUGGUCCAGUUGUGCAUAUCUGUGUUAAUCACAGUCUACUGCAUGAAGAAGCUUCUCUGAUGAGGGCUGAGCAAUGCUCUGAUCUGUGGGUAUAGCAAUAUGUCUUAUAAGUUAUUUUAUUGCCAUAUUCCUUUCAUAGAAUAGUAGUAGGUUUCUCCCUAGGGAGAAUAGACAGUUCAUGGGUUCUAGCCUCAUUAACAGUGUCGGGUUUGAGUUCUACGGGAGAGUUGCUCAUUCACAUUCAUUUCUAUUUUACUCAUAAAGCCAGAAAUUGGGAACAGCUUAGAUGUUUGUCUAUUGAUGAAUGGCUAACAAAAAUGUAGUAGAUUUACGCAAUGGACUAUUAUUCAGCUGUCAAGAAAAAUAAAAUUUUCAGGUAAAUGACUA